AUGUGGUUGUAUGCUGGCAGUGAGAGUCCAGUCAACUCCAUUUCGCCGCAGUACCGCGGCCCAGCAGCACCUAGCAUUGUCGCCAGAAAAGCAGAAGACGAAGAAUACUGCACUAAAAAGUCGGAGAAAUCAAGAAAUGCGAGCCAGAACGCACAACCCGAAUCAGCACCAACGACAGAUACUCUUGGCCCCAUCAUCGAGCCCACCAGUUGCGCACCCAUCGACAUCGACGCUCCUCCAGAUGGCGGCUACGCCUGGGUCGUCUGCGGCGCCAUCUCCAUGAUCAAUGGUUUCACCUGGGGCAUCGCCGCUUCCUACGGCGUCUACAUCUCAAACUACCUCGCGACCGACUACUUCCCCGGCGCCACGCCAUUGGACUACGCCCUAAUCGGCGGCAUGGAACCCGGUGUAGCAAUGGUCAUAUCGCCCAUCUGCACGAUCCUCACCCGUGAGAUAGGGCGCUUCUGGGUUAUGUCAGCGGGCUGUGUCAUGAUACAUUGCUCUUUCGCGAAGGAGAUUUGGCAGUUAUAUUUGACGCAGGGAGUACUGGUUGGGCUUGGGCUUGGGUGUGUGUUCAUCCCGAGUGUGCAGGUGCUGCCGCAGUGGUUCCUGAAGCGGAGAUCUUUGGCCGGUGGGAUUGCGUCCGCUGGUAGUGGGUUCUCUGAUUUGGCAUUCUCGUUGGGAACCAAUGCGAUGAUUGAGCAGAUUAGUCUGGCAUGGGCUCUGAGGAUCACAGGGAUCCUGUGUCUUGUUGGUAACUUCGUCGGGACCUAUCUUGUGAGGGACAGGAAUAAGGUCGUCAAGCCACCUCAGCUAGGGUUUGCUGUGCAUCUGCUGAAGAGAUACGAUUGCCUGCUGCUCCUUGGCUGGGCGUUCAUCAACCUGUUUGGACACAUGACACUGCUAUUCAGCUUGUCCAACUAUGCGGUCCAGGUCGCAGGGCUGACGCAGUCACAAGCCAGCGUGGUCACUGCUCUACUUAACCUCGGAACGGGCGUUGGAAGACCAGCGCUAGGUGUCAUCAGCGACUACCGUGGUCGUAUUCAGACUGCCGCGGUGGUGACGCUGCUCAAUGCUGUCUUCAUCUUUGUUUUCUGGAUACCGGCCACAUCGUACGGCUUUCUGAUCUUCUACGUCUUGAUCGCUGGUGCCACAGUUGGGAUCUACUGGAUGACAAUCGGGCCUCUUUGUGCUGAAGUUGCCGGCCUGGCUGAAGUGCCUUCGUUUCUGUCGAUACAGUGGUUGACAACUGUUCUGCCAACGACUUUCGCAGAGGUCAUAGCGUUGUAUUUGAGGCGGCCUGCAAAAGGACGGUGGGGAUAUCUUUACACACAGCUCUUUGCUGCCAUAGCCUUCAUUGUGAGCAGUGGUUGUUUGUUCGAGCUGUGGCGUAUCAAGGCCAAGAGAGACUACCUCUGUCGUUGCGUCGAUUUCUCAUCGAAGUGUGAAAGUGCAAGUCGUGUUGUUGUUGCUCUGAAUAAAAAGGAAGUCGCCGUCAUCCCAGUAAAAGCACGUGCCAUCACGAUCUCGGAUCUAUCUCGGAUCUCGAGCUUGAACUUUAAACUCGAAGCCCAAUGCGGAAGUGCUUACUUAACGCAAACAACAUUCACAGACAUUCAUGUACAAUCAUCCACCGGCGCAAUGGCACGCGCGACGCAGCCGACGUUCGACAUUUUCACCGGCGAAGAAGUCGCAAGCCAACAACCGUUGCGACAGUCCACACGCGAGCCACUACGAGAAACGAUGAAGCAGUCCACGGUCCGACCAGACCACAACAAUGAGGACUUGCGAGCACAGCUAAAGGCCGCGCAAUAUGAACUGGACUCGCUGAAACAAGAGCGCGAACUACACGAACUACACCACCAGCAAGAGCUACGCGACGCGCAGAACCGCGCCGAUGCCGACUUCAAGCGAGCGCAAGCGGCAGAGGCAGCUGCGAAUACUGCGACUAAGAAAGCAGAGGCUGUAAUACGAGGGCAGCAGGACGCGCAAGACAAGGCGACAAACGAGAAGUCAGAACUCGAGAAGAAGAAUAGAAAGCUGCAGGAUGAUAAUCGAUCAUUACGGGACGACCUCGAGGAAGCCAAAGCAGACCUGGAGUCGCAUGAUCGACAGAGCAAAUACGCGUAUGGUGAGCUGGAACAGAGAAAUACAACGCUGCAAGCAUCGGUUGAGGACAUUCAGCAAGAUCUGAGCAGUAAAGUCGCAGCGCUGCAAACCGUACAACAGAAGUUGGUACGGAAAGAGACUGAGGUUGGCGAGCUGGAGAAUGAAGUGCUGCGAUUAAAGGCGCAGACUGGCGACUCUGAUACGCUUGCAGUCAUCAAGAAAGAGCUAUCGGAGCAAGUCGCGUACAUCAAGAAGCUGGAGACGCAGAAUCGCGAGCAUAUAGCCGAGCUCAAGCAGUUCCGUAGGUCGCAGAAGAGCAUUGAGGUCGUGGAAGAGGAGAAGCGCGCGCUUGAAGUCAAGGUGCGCAUGAUGGACGACUUACGGAAGGAGCUGAACGAGGCACAGCUACAAAAGAGGAUCCUCGAGGAUGAGAAGCUAAGCUGGACCAGCUAUCUCGAGACAGAAGGUGGCAGCGAAGAGGAGCUACGAUAUGAAACCCCAGAGCAGAUGGCGAAGGCUUUCUUGCAGGAACGCCUAGAGCACGCCGAUCUUCUGCACAAGUUGGGUGAGAUCGAACCAGAGUUGAAGGUGCUGCAGAGCAACAUACAGAAUCUCCAAGACGAGAAGACACGACUAUUAUCGGAGCUCGAAACGACGCGCCAGACACAAGCGACGAGUACAGGCACCUCAGCCGGCGAUGCAAAAGCAAAGGCGCGCCUCGAGCGACAGAAGAAUCUCGCAAUCAAGGAAGUAGAAUACUUGCGCGCUCAAAUGAAAACCUUCGAAGCUGAAGAAGCAGAAUUCAAGCCCGAGCAAAAGGACGAACAGAACACAAAACUCAUCCACGACCUCGAAACUCUCGUCGAGCAGUAUCGAACAGAACUCCAAACCAUCCAAGCCGAGUUCUCCAAACUCGAAAAACAACCCACAACACCCAUCAUCGAAACACCCCGAAAACGUGCCCGCGAAGAAGACGAAGCCUCCGACGAACGCUUCGGAGAGCUACGACGUAAGGCCCGUACCCUCCAAGACGACCUCUCCAAAUUGCAGAACCGCAAUACCCUCCUGGAAGCCGAACUCAAAGCCAGCGUAGCCCAAGUCAGCUCCCUCCGCGAAUCGACCAAGACUCGCACCCUCGAGCUUCGCAACAACCCCACCGCCCAAGCGGAAGCGAUCAAGAUGGAGACGCUUCGUGUCCUGCGGGAUGAGAACUCCGCUCUCCUCUCCCAACUCGAGGGUAAACCCAACGGAACCAAAGUCGUCCCCAUCUCCUCCCUCGAAAACUCCCGCCUCCAACUCGAAUCAGCCCAAUCCCAAAUCCAAAAAAUGACCAAAAAAGAAGACCGCCUCAAGAAAAUCUGGACCUCUAAAUCCCUCGAAUUCCGCGAAGCAGUCUGCUCCAUCCUCGGCUGGAAACUCGACUUCAUGCCCAACGGUCGCGUCAAAGCUACGUCCAUCUUAUACCCAGCUUUACUCAACAACGGCGAAGAUGAGGAGGAGAACAGUAUUGUGUUUGAUGGCGAGAACGGGACGAUGAAGGUCUCGGGUGGACCGCAGAGUGUUUUUGCGGGGGAGAUUAGGCAUAUGAUUGAGUUUUGGGUGGAGGGGAGAAAGGAGAUUCCGUGCUUUUUGGCGGCGUGUACGUUGGAGUUCUACGAGAGGAGUACGAGGGCGCAGGUUAUGUGA